AUGAUGACUUCCCCGGUCUCUUCACUUACUUCGAUUCCAGGUAAUGAGUCAGGAAUCCUCGAUCCAGAAACACAUCUGGGGAAAUUUUUAAAUCCAAACACAUUAAAAAUUCUUCAAAGAGAAUUAGCUGCUACAAUGAUCCAAAGAGCCUGGUGGUCUUACCGGGAUCAAUCCUUGUUUCAGCUCUUAAAACGUACAAUUUGUGCAGCGGAGAACUGCGUGACCCAUGAAAUAUUGAAGAAAGUGAGCCCCUUGGAGGCUGACCUCACCAAAGAUCCCAGCGUGCAGUGUAAGAUCAGAUUCAGAUUUGGUGGGGAGAGAUUUCCACCGUUCAUCGUGUUCAAAAUCUUCCAUCACCCAGGCUGCAGAAGCAAGUACGUUAGUGGGAAGAAAACAUUUCGGCCAACGUGUGAGGCUAUGGUUGAUGCUUGCAAACUGAUGGGAAACAGGAAAUAUUAUAAUCAAAUGAUUCAGGAUCAACUUCAGUACCAGAAACACAAAAUCACUGAUGAAAUAGAUGUUGUGACUCUGAAAGAUUAUAUGCAAUACGUCAGUUACCUGGACGAGACGCCAGUGUACCUCGGAGGCAGGAACAACUGCUGGAGGAGGCUGUCGCUGGAAAACUUCCCCAGGGCGGUGAUCAUGUAUGACAUCAUGAACUACAUGCAGUCGGGGACCAUUUCUGGGCGCCUGCAAAAAGAACUCAAGUUUCUGCUCCAGAGGCCAAGCAACGAGGAGAUGAAGAGACACCAGGCGGCCCUUGUGUCUCAAAUCAGUUCCCAGGCAAAGAGAAACUUUCACCCCAGUUACGACGGUACCCAAGCAAAAGGGCUGCAGCAGAUUUCCCCCGGAGGUUGCAGCUCCUCCCGGUAG